AUGGCAGCGCUGGCGGCAACGAGCAGAAGGAGGAAGACAGAGCCGGAAGCGGUGGUGGCCAUGGUGGUGGAGGAGAAGUGGGAAUGUUAUGUGCUGGCUGAUGCUUGCACAAGGAUGAAUAAGCUCAAUCAAUUCAAAGACUGUAAAUUGCUUCUUUCUGGAGACUUCAAAUCUCUAUCGAACAACUUAAGAUGUCUAUAUUGGCAUGGAUACCCUCUGAAAUCCCUCCCAUUAAAUUUUCAUCCUGAGCAGCUUGUCGAGCUAAAUAUGAGUUACAGUCGAGUUGAACAACUUUGGAAAGGACUCAAGAUGUAUCAGCAAUUGAAAUUCGUAAAACUUAGCUACUCCCAACACCUGAUUGAAACCCCAGGCUUCUCGGGGGCCUCAAACCUUAGGAGACUAAUUCUUGAAGGUUGUACAAGUUUGUCCAAGGUUCACCCAUCCAUUGGAGAUCUAAACAAGCUUGUUUUCCUUAAUUUAGAAGGCUGCGAGAAUCUUAAGAGUUUUCUAAGAAGCAUCUGUAUGGAAUCUCUUGAAAUUCUUACUCUCUCCGGGUGCUCGAAACUCAAGAAGUUUCCAGAGGUCCAAGGGUGCAUGAAGCAUUUAUCAGAGCUUUCCUUGGAGGGCACUGCAAUAAAAGGAUUGCCCUUGUCGAUUGAAUAUCUGACUGGACCUGUUUUAUUAAAUCUGAGGAACUGUCAAAACCCUGAGUCAUUACCAAGCUUUGUUGCCCGCAGAAAUUCCACGCUCUGGGCGCUUGCAACUGCAUCCUUCUUUGGUUUAAGAUCCCUAAGAAAGUUAAAUCUAAGUGAUUGCCGCAUAUUGGAAGGAGCAAUUCCCAAUGACUUUAGCUCUCUGCUCAUUGGAAUAUUUAGAUCUGAGCAGAAACAAUUUUGUUACUCUACCUUCAAGCCUCAACAACUUUCACAGCUCAAAGGCCUGGGGUUGGGUUAUUGCAAGAGGCUUCAAUCAUUACCAGAGCUUCCAUCAAGUAUAGAAGAAAUAGAUGCCCAUGAUUGCACAGUUAUGGAAAACAUUUUGUGUCCAUCAAGUGUCUACAGAUCCAAGGAAUGUGGGGGCCUCCGAUUCACAUUUUCUAAUUGCUUCAGACUGUCUGAGAAUGAAAGCAGCAACUUUGUGGCAGCUACAUUAAAUCAGAUCACAUGUGGCUUGGGUAUCAGCAAUUCCUCGCCGCGUAUCAAUAUAAGCGAAGUAAUUUGA